UUCCAACCAGCCACCUCACGUCACUCUCCGGAGACGACGUACACAAAGCCCGCCCCUGCUUGUAGAAUUCGCCAGCUCUGCACGUCGUAUAGGAUACCCCUGCGCCCGUCCAAACCAGGAAGCGACCGACAGAACGAGACGAAUAAAUCGCACCGGACCAUUUAACGUAGCGUAGCGCAGGACAACUACAGGCGAUCAUGAAUAUGUUCCAGAGCGGAGUGCAGGUGUUCAUCCCUGCAGCACUAAACCGGCCCACACACACGCUUUACAGCAUCUGUAUGCUGGUGCAGCCCACUAAUCAGGAAUGGACAGUCAACCGCCGCUACUCGCAAUUCCUACAGCUGCGCAAGGACAUCCAACACAGACUCGCCACGCGCGGCGUCUCGUGUGCUAACUGUGCUAGCUUCAACCGCGCCAUCAGCAAGUUUCGUUUCCCGAGUAAGUCGCUACUCCGCACCAACACGGUGGUGCGCCAUCGUGUCUCGGCCCUACAGGAGUUCCUCAAGCUGCUGGUGGGGCGUGUGUACAACGAUCUACCUAAGUGCGGCAUCUGUGGCGAGGAGAUUAAGGACAUGAUGCGGCCAUUUCUUAUUCGAGGAGCGCAACCCCUGAACGGCUCCAUCACAUCGAAGAUCAACAAGUCGCUCUCACUCGACUCGUACGCAGUUGUGGACCAACCCGUGGUGCCCGUGCCCGAACCGGCCCCGCCCAUUUCGCCCUCGCUGAUGAGCAGGGAACUCUUCAGUGCCAGCAAGUCGUCCAGCAAACCCAUUUUCACAAUCAGUCAGAUUUCAGGUAGUAAAUCCAUUUUCUCGCGUAGCAAGGCGAUGAUGAGUACUACGUCGGACGACGCUUCCACACAGCCAAACGAGUCGGAGGACCCCAUUAUGGACUACAUGUACUCGGAGAGCGAUGAGGACGGCUACGGCAAGAAAUACGACGACCAACGUUGCUACGAUGAGGCUGUUCCUCUCGAGGAAGCUAUGAAGCAGGUGGUGGUGCCCCGAGGCGUUAGUCUUACGUGCGAAGAAGUGGUUGUCCGGCUUACCUCAAUGUGGGCUGCUUAUGAUCUGGAUGAAGCACUUUCAUCCUUACCGCCCGAGCGGCUUUCACAGCAGGCCAACUUCUCCGUCGACGAUAAGGAAUACGCGUUUUAAAGUGUAUUGUUGGGGAGCCAAUUUUGCUUUUCCACCUCAAGGGGUGACUGCUAGCCGGCCAACAGAGCCGCAUCGCUUAAUGGGCAGAGCAUUGUGCAAAACUAAGUAUGAAGCAGUCCGUAUAAUACCAAUCCGAUCAGCACGCGCGGGUGCGUGGAGACAUCGAUGCCACUUCAAAUUGUAGAGAUUUCUUGAGCAAUCA